AGCAGAGCUCCUUCCUGUGGAGCUGUGAGAGGUGCUGAAAUGACAUAAGAAAAUCCAGCAGACUCAAUUACCUCUUUGCAUGCUGCUGUCAAAGCGGGGGGUGUGUCUAACUGUUGCUCAGCGCGCAUCAGGUAUCCAUCCACCUCUAUAUAAUCCUGUGAUCAGAGAGCAGAGAAGCAAGACAGGGGCAUCACCGAGGUGACAACAGCAGCACACAAGUCAAACAAUGGUCAGCAUGCUGAGAUCGUGGAUGACGCUGGCAGCGCUCGUCGUCUGCCUGCUGGUGUGUCUGAGCGCUUUCGCGGACGCCUACCCUCCCAAACCGGAGAGCCCCGGGAGCAACGCCUCACCGGAGGACUGGGCCAAGUACCACGCAGCUGUCAGGCAUUAUGUCAACCUCAUCACCAGACAGAGGUACGGGAAGAGAUCAACCCCGGAGCAGGCGGUGGCGUGGCUGCUGUUCGGGGGAGAUUCCAGCCAAGACACUGAACCACGCUCGGACUACGUUGAUUCCUGGUAAACGACAUCAUCCAUCCCCGACUCACCUCCAACGACCUGCACUGGACUUUGUGACUCUGUAGAUUUAAUUACUUCACGUGCAUGCAAUUUCUCUUUCUCUCUCUGUUUGUCUUCUCUCCGUACACGUCUUUGUUCUUUGGCCAUAAAAAAAAUGUAAAUACUUUGUAUCAAGAAUCAACUUUACAAUAAAGAUGUGAGUGGGAUUAAAGUAUUACAUAGACACA